CAGACUGAGAAGCUGUUUCUCGCGAAUUAUCUUGUUGUGUUUACAAAUGUUUUAUGUAUUAAUAAUAAAAGUUUUGAGAUGAUAAGCUCCGAUACGCCGCCGAAAGGGCCGGCCCUAGGCAUACGGCACCUGCAGGCAUUGCUCCUUUUUAUCUGCAUCAUAGUCAAUUAUAUCGCGCGUUUGAAUGUCAGUGUGAUUGUCGUGGCGAUGACGGAUGCAGCGAGCACCAAUCCAGAUUUUCCAGAAUACGAUUGGACAGAGGCGCAGAAGUCCUAUAUACUGUCCAGCUUUUAUUGGGGCUAUAUUUUCACCCAAUUUCCUGCUGGAUUGUUGUGUAAACGAUAUGGGGUCAAAACCAUUCUAUUUAUACCAACUUUUGCUACGGCCCUGUUCAGUGCUAUUACUCCCUACUCUAUAACAUCUGGGGGCGGUUGGCAGGCAUUCUGUGUCUUGCGCGUGAUCCAAGGAGUUUUUCAGGGCCUAAUCUUCCCCUGCAUUCAUGAGCACAUCGCUAAGUGGUCCCCACCAGCUGAACGAAAUCGUCUGGGUGUUUUCACUUACAGUGGCGCUGAUUGCGGUAUGGUGUUGGCCAACGCCAUAACAGGGCUCAUUGCCCACAGCUCCUUGGGCUGGCCAGGCAUCUCGUACGUCUCAGCAGCAUUGUGUGCAUUUUGGUGCUUGCUUUGGUUUCUCCUUGGAUCCAAUAAUGCGCCUGAAUCACGUUUGAUUAGCGCCAAGGAGCAGACGUAUAUUGAGAGUUCCAUGCAGCGUGCAGAUGGAUUCCACGAACGGAAAAUUCCCAUUCCAUGGCGUGCUAUUUGGACAUCAAAGCCAUUUUUGGCUUUGCUUCUCGUACGCUGUGCGGACGGUUGGUCGAGUUCCACAAUGCAGCAGCAGACGCCCUCGUAUCUGCAUGGCGUUCUCAAUAUGGACAUAAAGAGCAAUGCUCUCUACUCAGCACUACCAUAUCUAGCCAUGUGGUUCACGUCUUAUGUGUACCUAGCAUUUGCCGAUUUGGUCAUGGCUCGUCAGUGGAUGUCCCGAAAUACAUUGCACAAGUCCAUUAACAGUUUGUCCCUUUGGGGUCCCGCAGUAGCGCUCAUUGGAAUCGGUUUUCUUGACAAGAGUCAGGAGAGUCUGGCCAUUGCUCUGAUGACCAUUUCUGCUGCUUUAAAUGCUGGCGCUGGCCUCGGCAGUAUACUCCCCAUCAUUGAUAUGUCGCCAAAUCACUCUGGAAUUCUUAUGGCCAUUUCCAAUGGCAUAGCAAAUUUAUUUCCGCUAAUCACGCCCCUUGUGGUGGGACUAAUCGUGACCGAUACGAGCGACCGAAGCCUGUGGCAAAUUGUAUUUACAACAGCAGCCAUUAUCUUCUUUUUGGGCAACUUGGUCUAUAUAAUUUGGGGCUCCACGGAUAAACAAGACUGGGAUGCAGCGGACUUUCUUCAGUUCCCUCAUGACGAAUGCUUAAAAAAUGAGAAAAAGGGGAAGAAGAGCAGCAGCAACAAUGACGACGUGAUUAGCUACCACUAGAGUUAACAAUUAAGAGUCACUCGAGCAAAUGGCAGGAGCGAACUGCUUAAAUAUGCAAUGCGGCGUAUACGCAAUGUGAUGCCCAAAAUUCGGUUACGCGUUUAUUAAAUGAAUUUCCAACAUUUUUUUGUGGUCUAUUUUAAUUAAAAAUUCUUGAAACGUU